ACAUCGAUCCCCUUCGAUUCAUUUGAUUUGCUGCUGUUUUUUGGGAUUCAGACUUGAGAGCGAGAGGAGAUCAGAAGACUCAGGGGGAAAUGGGUGUCGAUUACUACAACAUAUUGAAGGUGAACAGGAAUGCAGGUGAGGAGGAAUUAAAGAAGGCAUACAAGAGAUUGGCCAUGAAAUGGCAUCCCGACAAGAACCCUCUUAACAAGCAAGAAGCCGAGUCCAAGUUCAAGCAGAUCACUGAGGCUUAUGAUGUCCUCAGUGAUCCUCAGAAGCGUCAGAUCUACGAUCUUUUUGGCGAAGAAGUUGUCAAGUCCGGUCAGUUCCCAACUCCUCCCUCUGCUGCCUCUGCUGCCUCUGCUGCCGCCCGUGGCGCUUCUGCUGCUCCCAAUUCCAACUACCGCUAUAACCCCAGGAACCCCGAUGACAUUUAUGCCGAGGUUGUGGGUGGAUCAGAGGGUGGCUAUGGCUAUGGUGGUCGUGCCGAUUCUGUUAAUCAGCAGCCUCGAAAGGCAUCCAAUAUCGAGAAAAAGUUGCUUUGUAGUCUGGAGGAGCUUUACUUGGGCACGCAAAGGAGAAUGAAGUUCACCAACACCGAUGCUUCUGGUAAGAAAGGAAUUGUGGAGGAGAUCUUGACUAUUGAUAUUAAGCCUGGCUGGAAGAAGGGUACAAAGAUCACGUUCCCAGAGAAGGGUAACCAAAUGCGUGGCUUCAUUCCUGGGGAUCUAGUUUUUGUGGUUGAAGAGAAGCCGCAUGCAGUUUACAGAAGGGAUGGAAAUAACCUAAUAUUCACACAGGAGAUAACACUGCUGGAGGCACUUACGGGGAAGACAAUCAACCUGGUAACCCUGGACGGAAGGAAUCUCACUCUCCAAGUGACAGAAAUUGUCAGACCAGGCUAUGAGAAGGUGAUAAAAAAUGAAGGAAUGCCAUUGGCGAAAGAACCUGGGAAAAAGGGAAACCUGAUUAUAAAGUUCAAUAUUACGUUUCCUAAAAGCCUAACUUCAGACCAAAAAUCUGCUCUGCAGAGGGUGUUGGGGGGGAACUGAUGGCUUCGGAGUUAUCACAUAUGGAUGAUGAUCACACAGGCAGCUGCAAACGCUAUUGCAUGUAAAUAUGUUAUAGUUUCACUGUCAAGAGAGGAAGAAUGUGAAUAGCAUAGUAAGUUUGGGGACUUGGACACCAUUUUUAGGGUAUUCAAAGCUGGUAAAGAUGGAUUGUUGAUGAUGAGCACAUCCCAUAAUGGAAGAAGUUCAUAGGACAAAGAGAUUGCUACUUCUACUGCUACAGCUACAGUGCUACUAUGCCGCUCCACUGCCUUUUGUUGUCUACUCAGUUUUGUACACUAAAUAAUACCAGCAACUGAGACAGAGGGGGAAGUAAUUGUGACUGCAGGAAUCGACUGCAGUUUCAAAUGAUAAUAUUCAAUGUAUCUUUUCUUUUGGUAGAUAAAAAGGGGUUUCCAUUUUCCUUGUAUGUUUUGAUAAAUAACUUUCAUACAUACAAGUGCCGAUUUUCUGUUGAGAGCACCA